GGAGCCCUCCUUUUGCUCAGGUUUGCGUCUCGAGAGAAGAGACGAACUUCCCGCAGGAGCGAGCCGCGACCGACUCGUCUAACCAGAAUCAGUUGUGUCGUCGAACGAGUGGCAUGCGUUUGGUUCCUUGCUAGAUAGCUAGCUGAAUAUAGCUGCCUCAUCUACCACGCCGCGAUUCGCGCCCACUCGCUGAUAGUACGUUGACUAACGCGCCAGCCAGCCAGCCUGCCUGAGACGAGGUGACUCUCCACACCCACUCGUGGCGAGACUACUGUAAUCCGAUUGAGGAUUAGACUGUCAGGCUAAGGAUUAAAGUCCGUUAAGCUGUAAAGUCUCGAAAAGCCCUCGUGCUGCUAGCGUGGUGUAGCUUCGUGUCGCUCGCGUUUGCCUCGACGUUAUAGCCGCCGCAGCUGCUAUUGUUUGUCGGCCGUGGUACAACACCGCAGCGACGUCACUGCAGGUCCCGAGUCACGCACGUGUAAAGGUCACGAGCUGCUUCGCGAUCUUGAAUUGUAGCGCGCCGACUGAUCAACGACAAUUAACGACUAUCUGCGUGUAGUCGAUUACGUCGCGGAGUAAGAGUAAUGCAAUACUAUUACUGUUGUAUGUACAUGCACAUGUACGGGUACACGAUCUAUAAUAUAGACUAAUAUUGUCUUGCUUUCAACAACUUCAACUUCAAGUGGUGCUGUGCUCAUCAGAAAUUGUCAUCUCACCAAUGAGUAGUCAACCGCACAAUAGACAUAAGCUUGUGCGUGUGUGCCUUGCGUGUGCAUAAAAUAAAAACUUCAGCUCGAGCGAAACAUUAAGAUAACAUACAACGCUACGGUUUUGGCCGCUGGACUACAGUGCAUCAAGUGCUUCAGCUGUUCAUCGAUUAAACUCUAGCAUCCACUGACAAAACCCCCGCCUGUCCAACAGGGACCACUUCUUUCUGCACAGGCCGAAACCAACAUGUCCUUGUACUCGUAUAACUCUUCGUCAUCGCCGAUGUCCCCGCCAUCGUCUCCGCCAUCUGCAACAGCCUUUGCUGAGGCGUCCGGCCUUGCCGGCUUGAACAGCUUCGGUGGGGUACCGAUGUCCGGUGCUUCGGGUGGUCCUAGUCCGAACCAUCAUCAUACGCACAGUUUUGCGACUUCAUACCCCGCAUCGAUUGGUUCGACGAGCUAUUCAGGACCGUCGGCCACAGGUUUCUACGCUGCGACACAGAACGCUGCCACCGGAUAUGGUGGAAACCAGUUGGGCUCAAGGCCACUGUCGGUGUCCGGAAGUUCAUCGCUUUCACCGUCGCCAACUCUUGCCCAGCAGCAAAGCUCAAGCCCAUUGGGCGUCAAGGCAUGGAACUCACCGUUUGCCCUUGAGGCGUGGUACAGCACUGGAGCCGGUCUCAAUGGCCCAUCAAUGAUGAUGCGGAAACAGCGUCGGGAGCGUACAACGUUUACGCGAAAUCAGCUCGACGUGCUGGAGUCACUCUUCACAAAGACCCGUUACCCCGACGUUUUCAUGCGGGAGGAGGUCGCCUUAAAGAUUGCCUUACCCGAAAGCCGUGUUCAGGUAUGGUUCAAGAACAGGCGCGCAAAGGUCCGACAGCAUCAGCAAGCGUCAAUGGGUGCUAAAUCCACUACAUCCACACCGCAGCCAUCCUCUAUUACCGCUAAAAACAGCACCGCGGGUCCAAUGAUUAAAAAAGAAAAACAUAUCAAGGAAGAAAGCGGGGUGAGCGCACUGACAUCAUCUCCGUCAUCACUAAACGUCACUAGCACCGCGACCAGUGCGAUGUCCGCCUUAUCAACCAAAUCUGACUCGCCGUCGGUUUCGCCACACGUGGCUGUAUCAGCGGCAUCUGCUGCAACUCACAGCUUCUCGUCACAAUCGCCAACGUCCAACAUGUACCACCACCACCCCGCGAUGAUCUGGAGCCCGCACUCCGCCAUGGACUAUUACAACUUCCCGACGAGGAGUUCGGCAAACGGCAACAGCGGUGUCGGAGCGGCGGGCGGAACCAGCACUUUAAAUCCGUCUGCUAAUGGCGCUUCUGUCGAUUAUUCGAGUUGUCAGUACUAUACACACCCGUCCGCGGCUGGCUGUCAGCCAUCAGCGUAUUCCGGCUACGCCAUGCCGAUGGGUUGCCACGCCAGUGGCUACGGGAACUAUUCGACAAAUGUUGUCGAAUCCGCACACAUUUACAUGCUUUCGCCACCCCUCACUCCGCAAGAGGCACAGCAGCGGGCCACGGAGAGCCCGCAAACUCGGGCGAGCCACACUGGGUCGGCUGUGGCCCAACUCCACUAGUACAGUUCGUGUUAACUUCCGUGAUGAAUGUGUCAGCGGUAUGUCAGUUAUUUGGUUUUUUGUACAUGUCACCAGAUGGCGUAGACAAUAGCAUUGUUGUUCAGCUCUGUUUGGUCAUAUAGUACGGUCUGCCUUGUAUCACAUAGUACGAUCGAAAAUGAAAAAGACAACGUAUCGACAAAUAACCCCGUGAUUUCUAUCGAUAUGGUCGCCAUAGAUUACAUUACAGUUGAAAAUUACAACAAUGGCAAAUACAAGAUGCUCGUACAAAAAAUAUUGGCUUUAAAUGUCUAUUUGCUUUGGCAGUGGGCAAAGUGUAAAAUAACUAUAAUUAUUAAGACGUUUUAGCGUCGUCAUAAGUAUCUAUGUAAACAAGAGUAAAUUUCGUUUAUCAUUCAGUUGUAAUUUGGACUCGAAGCGAUUUUUUUUGGGUUCGCUUAGAGCGCGUAAUGUACACUCAUCGUAUUUGCAAUUUUGGAUAUUUUUUUUUUUUUUGCUAAAACAAUUACUAGAUAAAAUACGUGAGUAACAACCAGCUACUCAGAAAACACUUAGAAGAAGCAUCAAGAAUAAAGUGAAACGUUCUAUAUGCUGUAAAUAAAUAAAUCUUCAAUUAGUAUUGUUAGAAUAAGGUUAUCUCAUUCAGAGUUUCUAGUGGUUGAGGCAAUGCGAGGAAACCGUACCUUUCCUGGCAAAACCUUCGUGACCCAUGAAAAACAUAUCCACAAUUAAAAUACCCUAGUAUUCAGUACGGUGUCUAUAUCGUUCUAUUAGCAAGCAACAGUUUCUGUCCAGCGAAGCUCGGCGGUAAACAAUCGUUUGUUCUUUAUCUCUCCUGACGACAGGCCGUCCGCUCACGGGAUUAAUUAUCACAAAAAAAAAGUCUUCUACGGUCUUCUGCUCAGUUAGAGUUUUCUCUAUCGUCUCGUUUGCAUUAGUUAUUACAGGCUCGCUUCCGAAAUCGAACCUAUUUGCCGCCGUCAUAUGCUAAAAGUGGUAUGAUUUUUACCCUAGCGAACUUGAAAUCCGUACUUAAGUCUCAGUUGGCUAGCUGACAUUGUAAAUAUGAGUGUAAAAUAAAACUUCAAUGUGCGGCUGUAGUAUUUUAGGCAGACGAUACCAU